GCGACUCGGCGAUCAGGGGGCGGAGCUAUUUGGCGUCUCCGUCUCCGUCUCCCGCCCAGCGGCGCGGCGCGGCGCGGCGCGGCGCUCCUCGCUGGCAAAGCGUGACAGGGCGCGUGACCGUCGAUCCGCAGCUUCCGCUCGUCGCCGGGGUGGGAAAGCCCCCCUCGCGCCAGCUCUCGCGCUGCCACGCGCGUCCUCUCAUUCGCUCGGGAGGAGGCGCGCACGCGAGACUGGCCGCAGCACGUUCCGUCCCGACUCGCGGGCAACUUGACGGCGGUCGGUCGCGUGUUCCCUUCUCGUGCGAGAAGAGAGACGGCGCGAGGGAGGGAGACGCGCGUGAGCGAUUCGUUGAACCUUGGACCUAAGAGACGAACCGGACCGUCAGUGGCACCUCCGCCAUUUCUAGCUACAAUUGUGUCUUAAACCCAGGACAGAUAAGUGUUUGAUCCAAGAGAAGAGCCCCUAAGUGUGACGGUCAGUGGAGCUGUAGCUCAGCAAAGAGAGUGCGUUGAUCGCGUUGGAUGCUUUCAGUUCUACUUUAUGUGGUCUUGUUCUUCAGCUCAGGAAAUAUGAAUAUACAAUGAAAACAAAAGGAAUGAUCUAACGUGAUCAGAACAGCGGCACAGGACUUUCCGGUGAAGAAAAGUCCGAGAUUCCGGCCGUUGCAUUUUUAUUCAUUCUUUCCGCGAGGAGCCCCUGGCCACGUGGACGACCGAAUGAGGCAACAGUCCUUGACCCGAACCCAGCCUCCUCCGGUGGUCACUUGACGUGUCCCACCGCCACAUGGCGGCCAAGCGAUGCCAGUCCACCAAGCGGCAGCAUUCUUUGUCUAAGCCAAAAUUGGAGGAGUCUGUCCCUUCCCCUUCUGAACUCUCUCAGGUGUACAGACGGCACCAUCUGAAGAGCAAGAGACGAAAGCUGCAGAGGCUCCGUCUGAAUCAGCUGGGGGAGAGGAGCGCAGCAGCUGCUGGGGGGAGGCAGCAAACUUCAGGCUGUCUCAGGGAGCCAUUGCCCCUGUUAUCCACCCUAACGGCAUCCUCUGUUUUCAGCUUACAGCAACAGACUCGCUUGCUCGAAGAAGGUGUCCACAGGAGGAAAGGAAGGACCCGGAAGCCUUCGAAGUACACGUGCAGGUUCUGCAGCCGUACUUGUGCCAAGUGCUGUGUCCUGCAGAAACGCAUCUGCUCACACACUGGGGAGAGGCUGUACCCUUUCAGCCCCUGUGACUCCUACUUCAAAUCAAAGAGCAACCUGUACAAGCGUCCCAAGUCCCACAUCCACAGAUCCAAAUUAGGCAUAUCCAACACUACUGCGCAUCCCAGCAGAGUCAAAGGACGGCAGCGGGUAGAGAAGCAGAAGGACUUUAUGGAAGCUAACAGUCUGGGCUCGGAAUAUAAGUCCAAGCACCUAGGGUUUCUUCCCUCUGCCCUGGAAGAACCUGCAGGGCGAGCUUUGCAGAAGAGCAGCAGCAUUCCACCGCCUCGUGCCACGGACGCUCAGGGGUCGAUGGACUCCCAGCGAAUGGAGGGGGCACAUGCAGUGAAACAAAGGCUAGUCAUGAGGCUGAGUGAGAGGAAACGUACUCCUGUGGACUCCUCUGAUGAGGGCACUGCUUGCGUGGAUCCCUGGAGCAAAGGGAGUACGGAAUCUGGCUACUUCUCCCGCUCUGAAAGCAGUGAGUUGCCCCAGACAAGCCCCCCUAACAGCGAGGCUAAGAGUUAUGCCGAAAUAAUACUCGGAAAGUUUGGGCGGGUGGACCAGGGGCCCAGAAAUACGCACCAGCAGUGUCACAGGUGCUCAGAACCUGAAAGGAGGAGGAUCCCUUUAAAUGUCCCUGCUACUCAAGUCAUUGAGCAUAUCACCAAACUUAUUACCAUCAAUGAAGCUUUGGUGGACACUCGGGAAAUCGACAGCGUUAAACCUAGAAGAUCUCUUUCCAGAAAGAAUAGCUUAGAGGUUCCCAGGGUUCUCAAGGCACCCUCUGCUUAUCAUCCCAAAGGUGACACAUCUGGCUCCAGUAGCACUUGUUCAGUUGAUGUGAAAUGUUUAAGGAACAAUCUCCAUCCGAAGUUCCUCAGUGUGGACUCGCUGCCCAGGCGACCAUCACCAGUACCACUCCUUAGAAGCCGCUCAAUGCCUUCUUCAGCCAGCGCAGGUCAACCUCCCACCCCCAGGUUCCGCUCCAGCCAUUCCUUUGAUGAGAGGCAGGCAACACCAGCCGGAAAACGAGUAGGACAUCACCAUGGAAUACUCAGACGGCAGCGGGCUCUCGAGGCACCCUUUGAGCCUGAUAUGGUUCUUCAGGAGAUGGCUCCAUAUUAUUCUAGCGCAGCUACUGUGCUAUGUGGACCCUGCCAACCCACAACAAGAGAUUCAUGUCCAAGAGAGCCUGAGAGCUGUAUUCCGUGUUUUAGAAGUAUGAACGGUCCAGAGGCACACAUGCUCAGCUCUAAGGAACUUCUUGUUGAAGGUGCUAAGAGAAAAGCCUCUAAUGAGUACUACUAUAGUAGGGUGUUGCCUGAUAUAUUGUGCGAGAAACAGAAAGAAGAUGGAAAGGAGAUGGAAGAGCGUCUCUCAAAUGCAAGGCUGGUAUUGUCUUCAUUUUCACCCACCUCUUCGUUCCAAAUGGAAAGCAACGCAACGUCCGAGAAGCUGAGCAGCAAAGCCAACGUAAUGCUGUUGAGGUCGGAUGGGAGGAACAUCAGAAAGGGCAUCUCGGUGAUUCAGCAUACUAGUGCUUUUGAGAGAAGUGGGAAUGUGGUUACCGCGUUAACCUCCGAAGGGGGUCAUCAGCCACCACCGACAGAGUUGCCACAGCCACUCCCAAACUAUCAUCUGAUGCGCCAGCACAGCAUUCAGGUGCCAGAAGUUUUGCUCGCAGAGGACCCAGAUUUUAACAUUGGCUCUGGGACAUCCCUGGAAACGUUGGCUGUAACCCACGCCAAGGAAUCGGAGAAAUUCCGGUAUCCACAGCGCAGUGCAACAUUAGCCCAGUUUCCAGCAGAGAAACUACCCCCGAAGAAAAAACGCCUGUGCCUCACUGAAUCUCAGACUUCGGUGGUACCUGGUACCCAGAGAGGGUCCUUCAGCUAUAGGUGCUUACCUCCACAGGGCAACUCAGUCGCCUACAAAGAAGGACACAUAUUCCCCCUGGUGAAACAGGCUACAUUUGGUGCAUGUGACAAAAAGGUAUACCCAUCAAGUACUGGAGAGAUUAUUCUUCCAGCCAAGUCAAAUGUCAAUCCAAUUUCUCCUAGAGAACCAACCCAACCCACACCUUCUGCUGAGCUCAGCCAAAAUGAACUUUCUCUGAGAUUAAGUCCAGUUUCUCCUCCUCCUGAAGCUCUUGCAGAGCUGAGAACUGGUUCCACCCUCAGCGUUGGCUCCAUGCAGAGAGUGCUGUCAGUUUCCCAGUGUCCCACGUCCUCUCUGGUUUCCUUAACUACCAGGUCAGUUGUACCCCUUCGUCACCGGGUCCUCCCCUUUCAGCCAGUCCAGGAUCUCAGUGAAAGUGGUGCUGCUUUCUGCUCCCCUGACCCCACUAGUCUUCAGCCCGUAGCAGAAGUUCAGCGACAGGACACCAAGUCAUCACCUCUUCCCUCUUUGAGCCUUAUGCCGAUUCUUUGUUUUGACCAACACACCUGCUCCGCUGAUGUCCCUCGCUUGGAGCUUUCGGCACACAUGAACCCAACAACCGUCCCAGUUCGCAUUCAGAACGCCUUUCCCGUAUGUGGGAAAGGGUUGUAUACCUCACAGUCCCUUAGUGUAGUGCAGAAAAAUCGUGAUUCCUUGCAAAUCAAGUUGGAGGAGCAGAGUCAUUUGAACCCCUGUGUGGAGCCCCGCAUCUCUGACGUUAGUGACAACCUGUCUUGGACUCAGCCCUUGAAGCCAAGCACCCCACUGGAAUGUGAAGUGACUGGUUCUCGGAGCAAGAAACGUGCUCUGUCCCAAGCCGGCAGUCUUGAGCUCUUCCCUGAUAAGGAACCCCAGCUGAAACGAAUAAAGAAUGAAGAUGAGGGUAAUGAUGGCUGUGUAGGCGAAAGACCAGUUGUACAUGGAGAAUCCAACCAGGACAAGGUGGUCAAAGAGCCAACUCUGAUAUGUGAAAGGAAGAUGGAAGAAAAGACACAGAAAGUGAAGUUUAAUGAGCACAAGAAGGAGUCGGAGUUCAGGGAAUCUGAAUCCUCAAAGGAAAAAGACAACAAAAUCAAUGACUUGAGGAAGAUGGACACCAGUCGUACGAAUGAAACGAACUCCUGCAUCAACACUGCUACCAUGGUCAGCUGGUGUUACCUGAAGUACCUGAACCCUUCCUGUAGCAGGGCUCUCCAGAACUCAGGCUGCUCAUCCUGGUGUGCUAAUUUGCCCAGUCCAAAUCUGCCAGGUUUCUCCACACGCGUGGCUCUUUCACUUCUGUGCUCCAAGCAGAAACGAGGACCUGAGCUCUACACGGUUGCCUCCAUGAUCCAGCCUGCAGCUGAGCAGCUGGUUCCUGCCACGAAGACCCAAAGAUCUGAGGUGCAGGGAUCUGCCACCAUGUCCAGCUCACGUGCCAAGGAGAGCGAGGAAAGGAGCGGCGAGAACGAGGCCACGUCCGCCUAAGAAAACAUGCCGUCUUGCGUGGAUGGAUCUUGAAGGUGUGAAGAGAGGCGGACUCUGGGAUUCCGAGUACCUCCGAGUAACUCGGUCGUCUUUUCGGCACACGUCCGCCGCUCAUAAGUGCGAAGGUGCUAUGUGCUCCUCGGCAUCGACGUCCUGUAGACCGCUCAUGAAUGUGAACACACCAGUCAUCGCCGUGAGGGCGUAAGUUCGGUGGGAACAUCUGCUCGAUGGCCUUCUCCCCGGGUCACGGACCACCCCCAAGGACAUGGCCCCGCCGCCACGUGGGACACCUGAGGGCAGGGGUUCGAGGGACAAAGUAACUUGAGAUGGACAUGGUGGCCUUCUCCACCGAGGAAAGCGCGGUACAUCAUGCGCCAGGCGGCCGGAAGCACCGGUGAAACGUCCCUUCGGCGGACGACCGAAAAGCUGCGGCUCUUGGAAACGACGCCCCUCCUGCGGGCUCCGCGAGGGAGACUCUCCUGUGGGAUCAGAUCCCCCUGCACGCCGGGCCCUCUGACUGGCUCCCGUUGCCCGAAGGCUGCCUUUGACCCCACCCCCCCAACCGCCCCCCCCAAAGCCUGAUCACCCGAGGAAUGAACUGUGGUUUCUCUGCUUCUCUGUUAUCCCAUCAUCUUCUCCCAGCGAAUGAACCUUUCCUACGUGAAAAGCUUGACGUGAAGGAACGUAUUUCCAAUUUCUGAUCGCGUGUGUCGUUACGCACUUGAAACGUAGCGAUUGUUUUCGAAGGCAGUAUUUUUCUUUAGCGUGUGCUUCACCAUUAGCCUCGAAGAAGUUCCUACGUACUGCGUAUGCUGAGCGCUUGUUGGCUGCUUCUCUUUCGCUCUCCAUUCCGGCUCAUCCAUCGCUGUCGGGUUUUGGUCGGGUGCUGUUUACCAGCUCUCGGUUUCGCUAAACAUCGAAAUGAAAACUACUUGUUGGGGGGCAUUCCUGAAAUAUAGCUUUUUUUUUCCUUUCAAUUUUAGCCAGGAAACAAAUUCAUACAUAGGCAGCAACUUGAAUACACUUGUUAGAAGCAAAUUUCAAACAUUUAAACAUAAACCCUUAAGCUCAAGAUGUCUUCAGAUUAUGGAAAACAUUAAAUCAGGUGUGUGAACAUUUUGACCGCUACUGUACAUAUGAACUGAAAGUAUCUGUUACGCAUUGAUAUGGAUUUACAAUCACAUUUCUUUGAUAAAAACACUUGUGGUUCCUUUGGUUUUCCUGUGUAACUGUGCGGCUGUGUACGUUUUCCAUCGGUGGGGAUACGUGGCGUACGAUGCCAACGGUAAAAGGAACCGUGAUACGGUUUGGAGGGGUGGAAGGGAACGAGAGGGGAGGAACGGAGACGGGACGAGGAGACGGGACGAGGAGACGGAAGCCGCGCGGUCGGCGUGUGUCGCGCGCAGCGGGAAGGUGGGAGUUGCGCUGUGUCCGUGUCCACUUGGUGCUCUUCGCGCCACCGGCUGGAUUCUGCAGAAAAUCGUACCCUGCUCUCGCUGACAUUUCGCCAAGAGUUUCUGGGGAAAAUCGAAGGCGAAAAUCGAAGGCAAAACUCGACGGAUCUGAGCCGGAGGAGAAUUCCUAACGCUGCGCUUCCGCGUCCGGCCACCGGGGGGCGAAGUUGUUGCAGUGACCAAUGGACUAAUAGAAGGUGAACUUUGCUGCUGCUGUCGCUCUUGGUUGGAAGUGUUAAGGUUGUGCCUCUUUAUUUCAGUGGAGCCGUUUGCACUGAAAUGUCGUCUGUGUUCACUCCUCAUUUAGUCGGGUUAAGUUGUGCUGCUGCGUGGAAACGAACGCAGCAGGAUAUUUACUGUUCAUUUAGGCACAUUGCUGAACAUAACAGCUCUUUAAAUUCACAUUUUGCCACAUUUUUUACCAUCUUCGGUCAAGUGCUCUAGAGUACUUUGCUGUCACCUUGCAGCACUCUGCUGACAAGCGAGCGUCCUGAGGCUCUACACCUGCGGGGGUCACGGUGACGCCGCUCGCCGGGCAACGGGGCGGGUGUUGUAGGAAGCUCCGCCGACCCGCCGAGAGCGGGAAAAACCGAGACCAGACGCGGACCACGGGAAGGGGCCGGAUUACGUCACCGUCUGCGGCGCAGCGGAGCGUAACCGGCCGCUUGAGUCGUAAAUAUUUGUGACGCGUGGGGUACUGCUGGAAUUUGGUCGCCGCCGGGGGAAACCAGCAGGUUACCGGGUCAGAGCACCACAGCCGGUGCCUUGGCACAAGUAGAGCUUCACCGCAGGGAACCAAGUGACCCGGAAUGUUUACCGGUACGACGUGUAAAUAAGGACGUUUAAGAGGCUUCGCCGUUUUACAUUUGUGGGUUCGGAGCCAGCGAGAGCUGUGCGUGGAGCUUCCCUGUUCCCUCGGCGUGCGUGUGCGUGCGUGUGCGUGCGUGUUUGCGCCACGUUCCUCCCACCUUCGUGUCGGAGCCCGUGACACCCUGACGAUGUGCGCCGACGGACCUUCGGUCACGCCGCAGGAAACCUCUGGAUCUCCUGUGCUUCCUGGGUGCUUCUUGCGGCGGGCCGUGGCUCACGAGACCCGGAGAAACGGGAGCGAAGAUCACCGUACCGAAGGCGAAGGUCGUUCCGUCGACGUGACGCUCGUCUCGGAAAGGGCGCGCGCUAAUGUGCCGUUCGUACGCGGCUCCCCGCUAUUUUUUAACGUGUCGACUAAGGGGAAGGUACCUUGACCGAGGGCUCUACGGCAGGACGUGCCGUUUGAACCCGGCCCUCGGAACGGGGAGGGGGCCGCGAGCCGUUCCUUUGCUAAGGACGUUGUGACAUUCGCUGGAGUUGGCCCACCUUACACGUGUGUUCUUUACAUUCUGGACAUCGCGCCCUCCCCAACGCUGCCGAUGAGAAGUGGCUUCUUCGGAGGGAAACGCCUUUUGGCGGAAGGUGAAGCUCAGGUGCGCGGCUCAGGCGCCCAGACAAACGCACGACGACGAGCGAAGCGCUGGGACAGCGGUCGCACGCUCAGCGGUGCAGAUUCAGCCCUCAUUGCUCAUAAUGGUUAACGGGUGUUUUCGAGGCUCCCGUUACCCCGUCGCGUGGCAACGAUUCGCGCGCACAAUGGGGAGGGGGGGGCGGGGCGGGGGGCAGCGGAGCCUCUCUGGCUUCAUGGAGGGUGCAGCAGUUAUGUCAUGUCUCCAGCAGGGGGUGACCUGUGGCCCCCCCUUUGUCAGCAGAGCGCCUUCCUUACGCUGGUGGAGCACCGCUGUGUGUGUGUGUGUGUGUGUGUGUGUGUGUGUGUGUGUGUGUGU